UAAAAAUAGACUCCAAGUAGAUUAACCAAACCCUGACAAGAUGUCAAACAAGCCAAAGCCGAGCCUAAAGGGGGGCGUUGGAACACAGCGACUUCAGCCUAUCAGAGCAACACAACCUUUUCAGCUCCGACAAGGAGCGAGUCCAGCGAGAAAAUCACCAUCGUCAUCACCAACUUCUAUGCUGCCAAGAUCUGCAACUGAUCCACGAAGAAAUAAAUGGUCUUCAGAUCACAGAAACUCACCAGACAGGAGCGACAGGAAAAGCCCAAGCUCUCCUGGGAUAAAAGUGACCAAUCGACGUAGUCCGUCACCGAGAGUAUGUCGAACUUCUUCACACGACUCAGUACCCGCUGCCCUGACCGGCACGUACCUCACUGGACAAUGGCCUCGAGAAUUGACCUCUAAUUCAUUUAUUACUCCGAGCAACUCUGGUACAAGCACAAAGUCAACACAGACUCCUCAUGACUGGAAUUCAGAAGCUUGUCUUCAAUAUUCAAAAAACAGUAAAAGUCUAUCGAACAGACAAUCUGAUGUGGAAGUUACAAAGAUGAAGCAGCAAAUGCGAAGAAUUGCAAAAAGUUCUCGGCAAGAAAAGAAGGAAAGACAGUCGCCUGUUCAUGCGAAUCAUGCCGCACUACCUCAGUCCCAGACUGCUCAGUCUCGUUCGAUUUCGAAUCCAAUGCCUAUCUAUGGCCGGGUACCUCGACGACAAAACAGUUUGGAAGGAUUGAACAAAGAGAUUGAGAUCAUCAUUUUGAAUGAGACUCCUGUUCGACAUACACAAGGCGUCACACCACCUGAUGGUCAUCGAGCUCCAUUACCAAGAAGUUCAACACGAACGAUGGAGACCCAAACUCCACAAGGUUUUGCUCACGAUAAUAACUUGAUACAAAACACUGAAGGACACACACCAUCACCAAGCUCGGACCAAACUCUCGCAGUGCCAACAACUACAAAAGUCGGUGAACAAGGACAGAGCCCAUGUCCAAAAUAUGCUUCAAGCCCAAGGCCGAACAACAGCUAUAUGUUCCAGCGUGAGCCACCAGAGGGAGCAGAGAGCGUUACACCAUUCAAGGAACAGGAUAUAUCUCCAUAUAUAAUAGGAUCAAGCUGUCCCGAUAAACAAAAAGUUCAUUUUCAAAUAUCAAAGAAUGGCAGCUUCACUAAAGUAAGUAAAUGGAAACCACCAUGUCCCGAACAAAACAAUAACGGAGACGUGUUGUUGUCGCUAUCGUCAGCUAUGAAGGUUAAAUGUGAAGUUGAAGGAAAAAAUGCUUUCAACAUCGAUGACAUGUAACUCGCUCGUUUUUUCGCUACCUCAAAAAGCCGUUUGUAUGCCAGUAUGAAGAUGUGGUGCUGUGUCCAUACACAAUGAAGAUAACAAUAAUAUGUUCCAGAUUUGUCAAAGUUUACUUGCUUUGUUUUUUUUUUACAAAAAUACGAUAUGAAUUAGUUCAUGUUUGAUAAUAGGGCCGUCGUUUAUUUUUUUAACAAUAUUUAUGAGGCCAGCUAUAGGCCGGGGAAAAUUACAUCUCGUUGGAAGUCAUUUAUUUUGGUAAUGUAGUGUAAAAUGACAGGUAUGCAAAUAUUUGAAAACAUGAUUGCGAGUUUUUGUGGUAUUGCAUAUAUCAGUGUCUGCAUGAUAAUAUGUUCUGACAAAACAGAUAUAUUGAGAUGGAAAUGUGAGGGUAUUGGUGCUCAAACCAGAUGGCUGAAACAAAAUGAUUAUCGGUAACUAUUCCAAAUACAUUCUGAAAUAAUGUUUUUCAAAUAUUGAAUAUAUUCUAAAUUGCGUCAUGUCCACAGUUUGACCGGUAAAUUUGCAUAAAUCAUAAAAUCCUAUAAAUUUAGUUUGGUAGACAGAUACUUUUAGGAUGGAAAUGUGAGGGUAUUGGUGCGUAAACCAGGUGGCCAAAACAAAAUAAUUAACUACUCCAAAUACGUCCUAAAAUAUUGUUUUUCAAAUGUUGCCUCAAUUUUGAAUGAAUUUGUUUUGGACUAGUAUUCUCAGAAUAUGCAGCCAUGUGUCAAUCCUUAUCUCAACCCCACCAAUAAAAAUUGAUUUUAGACGCAUUACGAAUGAAAUUGUUGCAGACAUCGAUAUACAAUUAUCUAAAAUUUGCAUUCUUUGUUACUACAUUCUAAUCCCAUAACUGUCGAAAUAUCAUGCCAUAGUCAUCCUGUUUACAUCUCAUUAAGAGUGGCAUUUGUAACGUUAUACAUCAUCUCUGAGCUGUGAUUAGUUGAAUCACAAUUCAUUGACUAUUAACAAGGUGCAUUGGUGAGAUAUAGAGUUAAGAAAAAUGUAAAAUUGCCAAUACAGUAAGGGAGAUGGUAUAUGAACGUUUGGCCCACAGACAUUUCAACCCACACAGGUUCAGGUUCGAUGGACCGAAAAAUCUGUUCUGAAAUGGCCAGAGGACAUGGAACUUGGCAUAUGGUUCUGCUCGUCUAAAUUUUCGAAAGUAAAUAAACUUUCUGCGCAAUUUCCAAAAAAUUUGUCCAAUAAUGCUCUGCACCAAACCAAAAUGUUAUAUUGCCAAUACAGUAAGAGUAAGAGAUAUGGUAUAUGAACGUUUGACCAACAGAUGUUUCGACCAACGUACGUUCGAGUACGAUGAACUGAAAAAAAAAUCUGUUUUGAAACAGGCAGAGGACAGGAGACUUGGCACGCGGUUCAGCCUGUCUAAUUUUCGAAAUUAAAUUAACUUUCUGAGCAAUAUUCAAAAAAUUUGCCUAAUAAUGCUCGGCACCAAACGUUUUUCAUUCAUUUCCUCUUGUCGUGUUUACAGAUAAAUAGUUCGUUGCAAGAACUAUUGUUUGAUAAAUUAUUUUUUCUGGAGAUUGGAAUAUGUAUUUUAUUGCUAUCAAAUUCAGGACCAAAUAUGUGAUAUUUAUAUAGUCUUAGAGCGAUUAUUUUCAAAUUAGUCACUUGAGGCUGUGUUAUUUCGCACAAUAACAAUAAAAAGUUUAUAGAGUAAACAUACAAACCAGCUAUAAAAAUUCCAAACCAUGGUACACUCAUAAGGGGUAUGUAUACCUCUCUAAUGCACCCAAUUCUUAGGGCUAAGGUACACUUCAUGUAUGGCCUUAUUAUAUUUAGUACGCGAUUGCAUAAAUUCAAUUCCAGCUCGAAUAACGAAUAUCUAGGUUGGAGUCGUUUUCCCAAUCUUAGAGUUUGUCACUCUGUGUGUAGUACAUACAAACUUGCAAAAUAUGGACCUGUUUAAUUUUUUUUUUUGCAGUUUCUGAUUGCAGAUAUCUGAUUAAUAAUAUUGUGUAAGCUAAUGCUAACAGUUCAUGAACUAAUAGGCUAUUUGUUUGUUAGUUUUUCAUUAGAUAGAACAUAAUGAUGACACAUAGUUUUUCUACCUAUCUCAGUUUCUACCUUUCUAGGUAGUUAUUUUUAUUAAUAUUAUUUUAAUCGUUGUGUUGUUACUUUGCCUUAUUUUUUUCAUAUCUUGUUUAUUAUUCUCAUUAUUGUUUGUCAUCACUCGGCCUUCAUAGAAAUUUGUCAUAAACUAACUUGCGAUAAUUAAGGUGUAUCGAUGAAUAAAAAUAUAUUUCUUGGACGUUUCGUUAGAAUCUGGCCGUCUGGACUACAUUCGCCAGUUAAUUAUAUAUUCAUAUGAACAACGUAUCUUUUUGAGUCUUAAAUAUAUGGAAAUCAAAAAAAUAGACACUGUCGUUUUAAAAUUCACAAUUUACACUUUUCUUGUGACAUUAAAAUGAUAAUUUGACCCAAUUUAGCUUCCUAAUGCUAAAUAAUUUCAGUAGUUUUUGGAAUCACUCAAAAAAAAUGAAUCUCAAAUACUCUUUGAGUGAGUGCAUGUGAUCUUGAAAAAAUGAUUUUGAAAGAAAUCUGUGGCAUGAAAAAGCUCUUGGCUUUUCAGUGACUUCACUCAGAGAUGAGUGUUCAUUACUUGUGAGUGGGCUCACAUGAUCUGGCUGUGAGAAAACUUUCGUGGAAAAAGAUUUGUCAACUUUCAUUUUUCCAUUGAAUACUUUCAUAUUGGUAAUACAUUCAAAUAUGAAUAAGACAAAAUCAGAUGAUGGUAUCCAUGUUUUUCUCUAUAUGAAAAUGGUUGCAUUUGUUGAGUAUGUGGUUCACUUAAUCAUUGAUUUUUUGUGAUGGUUACUUGCCUUUUUGUUCACUCAACCUUUUUUGUUACCAUAUAUUGGUCUCAGCAGGAAAUACAUUGUUCAUUCACAUUAUCAUUUUUGUUGCGUUUAUGUUCAAUUUUCGACGUAAUUCACAGUACUUUUUUGCGUUUUAUUACUUCAUUUUUUUGGUUUAUUUUGUUACUUUUUUCCAAGAAAAGGGCUCAAAAGUUUUUUAUACAUUCCCUUCAUUGCAUUUAAAUAAUUGUAUUAUUGCUAGUUUGGUCAGUCAUGUGUUGGCAACUUAUUGCAAAUAUAAAUGAAGGGCUAUCAGUCAUAAAGCAGAUUCAGUUUUCGGUUAAUCCCUGGCAUUCUUGAAACUGUCCUAAUGAGUGAUUGAAGAAAUCUUGUUUAAACGGUGCCACGAAUCUUGGCUGGUUAAAUAAAGUCUGUUGGCAAAACUCUCAUAUCUCUGGGUUAUGAAAAGUAGAUUGAUCGAUCGAUUGUCUUUGCCUUACAUAAUUGGUGAAUCUUCAAAACCCUCUUAACUAUUCUCAUACCCGAAAUGGAUUUGUAAUUCAGCAAAGGCCGUGAUCCGACAUAUGAUUAAGCUAGCUCGUCAGCUUUCCUCCUGAGGUAAAUAUGAAAAUCAUAGCCUGCUCAAUUUUAGGCUUAUUGAUCUGCUUUAUGUCUAGUAACAUCUGACAUUCAUUUAUAGCAAAAUCUGGUGUCAACAUUAGACUUGUUAGAUUUUUCACAAUGUGCUUGUUUUGUCCUUAUGACGUGAUGAUGGUAGUAUUUUUGGAUUUUCGUAAAUAAACGACUGUUGGAGCUGAGUUUUGAA